UGUGUUGUUGUGAGCUCUGUGGUCUCCAAGGGAACAUACAUGAACGAGCGCUCCAAAACUCCUGAUGCCAAUUCAGUGCUUUUCUUAAAUGUUUUAUCCAAUUUUUAAUUUAAAUACCUCAUCUUUCCGACGUAAACCGUAAUAAGUUCUUCUCGGAAACGACGGAAACUAGGAGCUACAUACAAUUUUUCCCACCAACAGUGAACUAAUCGCAAAUGAACGACCGUUUACGUCAUAAUACGAGCUUUAAACGUCAGUACAAAAUCACAAUCACAGAUGAAUUUUGAAUAUCCAGCAAGUGUACAAUAGUGUUGUGAUAUCAAAGAUUAUUAUAACAAUUCAACCUUUGUUCUUUCGAAUAUAAGUUUUUCCAUCGAGUGGUCCUUAAUCUAUCAAGAAGAGGUUUUAUUUUCAAAUCAAAUUUCUUAUAUAAUUGAUAUGGAAACAAAUCAAAAUGACAGAUCAGGAAUUCAGGCAAUUUUAUUCGACCUAGAUAACACCAUUAUCGCCACAAGACAGGCAGAUAAAUUGGCAUGUAAUAAAAUAUCAGAAAUCUUGUCUCAAACAUAUGGUGUACCAGAAGAAUCCGCAGUACAGAGUUGCAAACAUUUUCUACGUGAAUUCCGAAAAUGUCCACAACAUCCUUCUACGGAUCUGCACAUAUGGAGACAAAAAUUGUGGUAUCAGGCAUUAUAUCCAAAUUAUCAGAAAUAUUGUGACUCUGUAUACAAACAAUGGCUCCAACUGCGAUAUCAUUUCCUACAAAUAUCCCACGAAACCUUCGAUUUGUUGAAGAAACUUAAGAAGUCAUAUUUGAUUGGGUUGAUAACGAAUGGGCCAUCGACAUCUCAAUGGGAAAAAAUAGAAAAACUCAGCUUGAAACCACUUUUCGAUGUCAUCUUGGUAUCUGGCGAUUUGCCUUGGGAAAAACCGAACGAGAAAAUAUUCAAAAUGGCCUGUGAUUACCUUGGAAUUAGGACGGAAAAUGCUUUGAUGGUUGGAGAUAAAUUGGAGACAGAUAUUUUGGGUGGAAUCAAAGCAAAGCUUGGUGGUACAGUAUGGGUUCCUGUGCAAUCGAAUGAUAAGGCAAACAAGAGCGAACUUCAACCCGAUUUUAUCAUCGAUCACGUAAACGAUCUUCCCAAGGUGCUCAAAAAUGGUUCUAGAUCCCCCAAACUGCGAAGAAAGAGCAAGGAACUUGCUCGACCUUAUAAUAUGAAAAAAAUUUCUAAACCGGAUUUGAGUGAUUGCAAUAGUAACAGCAGUGAUGGAAGCUAAAUCGAGAAUAAAGGAAUUGUUGAAUUCAUAUUGAUGGAGAAGAAGGUUUUGGAAAUGUGGCAGUAUUGGAGCUAAUGACUACAGUUUCGAUAUAAGGGAAUUGUAUCGAAAAUAUCUUCAGAUGGUUAGGGAGAAUACCGAGAAUGAUCCAAUUUAGAAUCUAUGUCUUGUAGAAAUACCUGAGAAGUAAUUAGAAGUUUUAUUUUUAUUACAAUGAUGAAAUUCAUAUACCUCAAUAUCCGAAACUGUAAAUAUAUAGUUCUUUAUUAAUCUUGUGGUGUUUUUUUGAAUAAAUAAUAUAAUGGUA